AUGGGUUUCUCUUUCUUCCUUUUGUUUCUUUAAUUUGUUUUAAAAAGCCUGUGAAAGAAAAAGAAAAGAGGAAGUAUUAUGUACUCAGUACUCCUAGUAGUGUUGCAGAGAAAGAUGACGACAACUAUCACUUAAUAACCCACUGGUUAUUUCUUAGGAUUUUGCUGUUAAAAGCCUGCUUCUUGUGUAAGCUUCAAAUCCGGGAGCUCUCUGCUCUUUCCCUAAACUUAACCCUUUCUUCUUCUUUUUCUUUCAUUCAUUUAACCAUAGACAAAUUGUUGUUUUUACUUCCACCACAAUUAAUGCUUCUUUUUCUCAUCUUUUAAUUUUAAUUUCUUGAGAAAAUUGAAGUUAAAUAAUGGAGGGUGGAGGGAAUAAUAAUAGUAGUAGUAAUAAUAAUAAUAAUAAUAAUAGUAAUAAUAAUAAUAAUAAUAAUAAUAGGAUCACUACUAGUAAUUCUAUGAUGAUGGAAAAUGGGUUAUAUCCUAUGAUUAUGAUUCCUCCUCUUUCGCAUCACCAUCACCAUCAUCAUCAUCAUCAUCAGAAUCAUAACAAUGAUCACAAUACCAUCAAAGCUUGUUGUUGUUCUUCAGCUGCUUAUGAUCAUCAACAUCAUGUGAUGGAAAUGGAGCAUCAAACUCAGAAUCUGAAUAAUAGUAAUGGUGGUGGUGGGAGUAGUAGUAGUACAGCUGGGAAUAUUAAGGCUAAGAUUAUGGCGCAUCCUCAUUACCCUCGCCUUUUAUCUGCUUAUGUUAGUUGUCAAAAGGUUGGUGCGCCGCCAGAAGUGGUGGCAAGAUUGGAGGAGUUGGAAGCAAUAGCAAGAAGUCAAGGCGGCGGAAGAAGCGGCGGAGGGGUGGCAGGUUUUGUAGGAGAAGAUCCAGCUUUGGAUCAAUUUAUGGAAGCUUAUUGUGAAAUGCUUACCAAAUAUGAACAAGAACUAACCAAACCUUUUAAAGAAGCCAUGCUUUUUCUUUCAAGGAUCGAAUGCCAAUUCAAAGCCCUAACUCUUUCCUCUCCUUCAGACUCUCCAUCUUCUGCUUGUGGCGAGCAUCCUGAUAGGAAUGGAUCGUCUGAAGAGGAUAUUGAUGUAAACCAUAACUUUAUUGAUCCAUCAGCGGAAGACAGGGAAUUGAAAGGGCAGCUACUCCGAAAGUAUAGUGGUUAUUUAGGAAGUCUGAGGCAGGAAUUCUUGAAGAAGAGGAAAAAGGGAAAGCUACCUAAGGAAGCUAGGCAACAAUUGCUUGAUUGGUGGAGCAGACACUACAAAUGGCCAUAUCCCUCUGAGUCCCAGAAACUUGCGUUAGCCGAAUCGACAGGAUUGGAUCAAAAACAAAUAAACAAUUGGUUCAUUAACCAGAGAAAAAGGCAUUGGAAGCCUUCAGAAGACAUGCAAUUUGUGGUGAUGGAUGCUGCUGCACAUUCCCAUGCUCAUUCACACUAUGGUUACAUGGAUAAUGUCCUUGGUAAUCCUUUUCCCAUGGAUGUCUCCCCAACCCUUAUGUAAUGCCAUGCAUGCAUGUUGGUCAAGCUAUGAUUUAUAUAUAUAGCCACUCCCUUUUGCACAAUUUAUGGUUUAUGCCAUUGAUGAUACAUAAUUAUUGUACCUAAACUCGAUCGUCGAUCCGAACUUACUAAGAUGAUCAUAUGCCUUAUUAUCUUAUGAUCCCAUGC